CACAGAGGGGUAGGGUCGAGGGAGUGAUUUGGGAUUGGGCCCUACGGUUGAACUGAAGCCAAACGGACUACAACUUCCGCGAAGCACCCGACUAAAAAAGAACUACUGCGCAUGCCCAGACCAAACGGUCGCGCGGAGUUUGAGUUUUGCUUGAAUGGCUGAAGACGGAGUGUUUUUAAUAUUUUAGCCAUGUAGAAAUGGCAGCACAGUUAACAUUAUCAGGGCCUUCGGAUUCGGCUCUAUCGUCUCUAACCGACGAGUCUGUGUCCAGUCGGACCAGCAACAGAAGUUUGAGAGUCGCAGAAAACGAGAGGAGAAAGAACGAGGCGGUGGACCCGUCUGUUCUGGCCCUGAAGUACUUCUCUGACGUUGAAGCAGGUACUCCUAUCCAGGGUAACGAUGAGGUGGAGAGGAACCUGGUCCUGGUGGAGCAGGUGGCCUACAGAAAUGGACUUUCACCAGAGGCCAUCUCUAUUAUGCUGGAGUUUGCCAUGAGCCUCCGCAUGGGACAUAGCCUUUGUCCCCGGGUGCUGAAGUGUCUUAUACCCGUCACCGUGGUGCCACAGGAGGCUGUUGUUCGCGGUGUGUCCUGGCUCGGAGUUGGCAAAAUACCUGUCAGCACACAAGUUCUUUUCAUAAAGUGGGUGUUAACCGUCUUUGACAUGAUUGAUGCAAAAGACCAGCUUCGAGCUAUCUAUGGCUUCAUCUUCAGCUACGUCUCAGAGGAAAAUCUGUGUCCUUACAUCUGCCAUCUGCUGUACCUUUUGACCACAAAGCAAGCUGUGCGAGUCGUCAGAGUGAGGAAGCUACUGGAGCUACAGUCUAAACUGGGAAGGCAGCCGUUCCUGCUGAACCUACUGUCCCUUUACAAGGUGUUUUGCCCUGAACUGGUGACGCUCUCCAUCCCAUCACGAUCUAAGAGUGUGUUUAAGAACCACAAUAUGCCCUGGAAAUCAGCUUUUUUUGCCGUCCAGAAGAGGAACGGUUCCCAGGUUGCCUCCAGCAUCACCCUGGCCUCCGCAUCGAAAGAUGGGACCAACCGCAGGAAACGGCUGCCCGCUCAGAUGGGCUCUCUGCUGGGCUCCCGUCUGGCUCUGCAGUACCUGGACUGUGUUCAGGAUGAGUCUGCUCUGCUACGCCUCAACUUCUGGCUCGGCUACGCUCUCCACGAAGAAUUUUUGUUCUGUGGCGAUGGAGCCUCCCAGAAUUCAGAAGAAUCUAUGCAGUUUUUGGACAAGUUGCUGUUCACAGAACACUUUCUCCAGGAGGGGUUUUCCAGUUCCGAGGCUUUUCUCUACAAAUUUCUCAAUGUUUGGGAUGGUUCCCUCCUCCGCCCACAGAUCCUCGGCCUACUAAGCAACAUUCCGGUUGUUCCAAGUUCUCAAAUGGGACGGCUUCUGUUCGAGCCCCUCAAGCAGCUCUUCUUCACAUCAUCCGUGUUUUUCAAGUGUGGACUGAUCGAGUGUUUGAACAACAUGCUGUUGAAGUGGCUGAUCUGGCACUCGGUGUACGCUCUGGAAGACGACUUGGACAUCAGCCUCAACAGCCACACCUCCAUCAACAUGACUCUGUCGGGGUUCAAGGAUUCAGUGAUGGAGCUCGUUGACUUUGUGGGUCGGCUUGCCUCUAUUGGCCUGCAGCUAGAAGGAUGCCACUCUCUCCUCCUCAGCUUCAUCCUCGACUUCUAUACCAUGGUGUGUGACACGUUUCUGAAGUAUGGGCUCCCCCUUGUGAUGAUGCCCCCACCUGGAGUUUUUUACCCAGCGCUGUUUGCUACUGACCCCGUUAGCGUGGACAGACUGGCCUUCAUCAUGUACAGGUACAAGGUGAACUUGACAUCAGCCAAGAGUCAAGAAAAUCUCACAGAGUGUCUUUUUCUGUUUCAGCAUUCCAAGCCAUGGAGCUGGUACCUGGAGUAUUUGUUCAGCCAGGGUUAUGACGGCCUUAAACUCUUUGUUCAGAGCAACAUCAGGGCAGGGCAGGGCAACGGGCAGGGCAAUGGCCAGGGCCAGGGCAACGGCCAGCACAACGGCCAGGGCAACGGCCAGGGCAACGGCCAGGGCAACGGCCAGCACAACGGCCAGGACAACGGCAACGGGCAGGGCAACGGGCAGGGCGACGGGCAGGGCAACGGGCAGGGCGACGGCGACGGCCUGUCCACAUAGCAGAGGAAGAUACUCAACUCAAAGGAGAGGAAGAACAACCACUCGCAACUUACCCAUAUUUUUUAAAAGACUUGUAAAUAUAAUCUUCUCUUCAAACAAGCUACUUCUGGCAAAGUGUUUAUGUACAUAUAUGUAUCUGUGUUUGUUUUGUAUUUUUACUGACAAUGCUGUCCAGUUGGUAAUAAUAGACUACAAAGCCCUGGCGGCCAUUAGCCAGAUGAUGUGUCAGUACUAGGUUUGAAGUCAGUGUAUACACAUUAAACAUGGAAGAUGGUAUGUUUGUUGCAAAUAAUAUAACCUGAAAGGUUGGAUCAUUGGUAAUAUUCAUAUCCAUAAAUAUCCACACUUUAUGAAACUAGACAACUGGUGCAUCUACAUGAAGACAAGAUGCUAAAGAGUAACACGACUUUAAAUUAUUAUUUUUCCAUUUUCUUUCUUCGUGUUACAAACAGUCAUUCUUUGUUCAAUGUCGGCACUGAUCUUUAACCAGCAAAGGAUUAUUGUUUUAGCUUGUUUUUUUAUAUUUUAUUCUUGUACAGCUUGUCGUGUGCUAAACCUGACUCUUGCACCUUGUUGAAAAUAAACAAGUGUAAUACUUUUACUUUAGAAGCUAAUAAAAUCUGUUGUCUCUUAACAUUAAUAUUGCAGCAUUUCACAGUUUACAAAUGUCUUGGUCUUGUGUCCUCAUGUAAAACCUAAAUUGUUGCUCUUUUGAAAGGCAUCAGUUGCUUGAGUGUGUGUAACAUAGGUAAGUAUUCUUAUGUAUUCUUCGGUCAGACGCGCUGCCACCUGGAAACAGCAUUUUGUUUUAAUUAAGAAACCCACCUGGAUGGUUAAAGGUUCCUCGGCUACUUGCGAUAACUCUGAUUUGAAAUCAGUUUGCCAGGUACACAAAGUGAUUUGCAAUGUGGC